AUGUAUAGAUUACAACAACAGUCUCAAAAUCCACUUUCCCCAAGCUUAAACCAUUUUAUGGUUCAUUCUCCUUCUCCCGUUCCUAGUCCGUUACCAACUUCCAAUAUUCCUUUUCAAAAUUAUAACAGUAACAACAACAACAACAACAAUAAUAAUAAUAACAUUAAUAACAGUACUAUUAAUAGUAUUAAUAAUGCGUUUAACAGACCUCUGUUAGGUAAUUUUAAUUCCAUGGAAAAUUUAAAUAAUUUUCAAUAUCAACAUAAUCAGAAUAACAACAUAAUCAAUAAUUCUUUCCAUGCGGCAAGCUCAGCUAUCUUUAAUCAUAACAACAAAAAUUUGUUGUCUAAUCAUUCAAACUCUGUGCCGCAAUUAACUUCUAUGAACCUAAUGUCGCCACAACCAUAUAAUCAUAUUAAUAUGAUAUCUGGUAGAAAGACUCCAUUCCAAUUUCAAAAUAAUAAUGCUCCACAGAAAAAUAAUCACAUUAACAACAGUAUUUCAAGGUCUUUACAAGGUACUCCUUAUACUUCUAGAUCUACUAGUACUACAAACUUAGGCUAUUUAAAUAACGACAAUAAUAAUAAUAAUAAUCAUGCCAAUAUUAAUAGCAGCAACAAAAAUAAUAAUAAUAGUAGUAGUAGCAGUAAUAGUAAUAAUAAUAACAGCAUUAGUCCAGAUUCCCCAUGGUUUCAAAAGGUUUGUGCUUUUGAAGAAUGUGUCUCACAAACUUUGUAUAUGUCACAGACUCCAAGACGUAAAAAUAUCAAGCAUAGAUCCGAACACCCUAAUUCAAAUGCCAAUCCUUUAUUCUGGGAUUCCAUUGGAAGGGCAAUGGGUUUAUAUCAUGAUUUGAUGAAUACACCAGAAUUGAAUUCUGACCGUGUCUCUAAAUUAGUUCAUCUUUUACAUAAUGGGCUAAGAGCUAAUAGAAAUCAGUUGACUCGUAUGAACAAGAAGCCUGAUUACGAUUCUCAAUCCUUUCAUAAAGAAAUGACAAAUUAUUUAUGUAAGUCGCUAAGAGAAAUAUCGGAUGAUGUAUUGAAUGGUAAAGUAGAAUUGAAUGAAUAUGGUGCCAUGCAUUUAAUUACUGCCUUCAAAGAAUUAUUGUUGUUUGAAGAAGCUGUUCAAAUUUGGAAAAAUGCAAUUAAUGGAGUUAAUACUUACACUUCAAACAUUUUCCUAAAUCCGAGAGUAGUAGGUGUUAUUUUGCCUAUCUUAUACGACAAUGGGGUAUCUUAUCCAGAAAUUCAAUCGCUUUAUGAAAAAUCAUCGUCAAUGAUUAAUUAUUUUCAUCCAAACUUAUCUGUUGGGAUGAUUAGGGCAUCUCUAUCAGCAAAUGAAAAUGAAAUGGCCUUGAAGUUGUUUCAAAAAUUAUGUGAAGAGUCUACAGAGAUGAAAUAUGGGUAUUUGAUUGAAACUCAUUUGUCGUUUAUAGGUGAAUGUAAAGAUUUGAAUGUCGCACAAACCUUUUUCGAUAAAGCAUUAAAUGAUGAAAUGCCAUAUAAAAUCGAUUUACAAGUAUCUUAUGUAAAAUCAUUCUUAAGAAAUAUUUGGAACCAAACCCACAAUUUUAACCAUAUUUACAAGAUUUGGUAUAAAUCAUCUUUACAUUAUGGCCGUAAUGUUAAUCAUGGUAUUUCGUCCUCACUAAAUGAUACAUUCUUUGAUAUCUUUUUUGAAAAUUAUGCUAAUGAUAAAGUGCAAGGUUUCCAAAGAUUACAAGAAUUAAUUCAAACCUACAAUAAUAUUAAGAAUAUUGAUGAGCCAUUUUUUAAUAUCAUUUUAGCUAAAUGUACAAUUUGGCAUGAUAGAAAGAUUUUGGAGUAUAUUGAUCAGGCAUAUGAAUCGUAUGAUAUUCCAAAGACAAUUGUUGCAUAUAGAAUCUUAUUAAAAUCAAUGGGAUCAAUUGAUGAUGCUACAAAUGAAGAAAUUUUAAAAAGAUGGAUCGACCUUAUUAGUAAGUCUGAUGAAAUUGGACAGAGGUUUAUUGCUAAUGCAGAUUGGGCGGCUUUAAGAGAUGCUACAGUCACAUGGACUCAGUCAAAGAGAGACAAUAAUACACCUGUUACGAUUAAUAUGGCAGAUAGUGUUAUGAACACUAUUCCACCAACGCCUUGUGGUUCUCCAAUCCCUCAAAGUCAAGUUACUGAUAUUGAUUUUUAUUCACAUCCGGCAUUUCAGGCAUUAAAUGCGUCUGGUGCCUUUGAUGAUAUAAAUGCAGACGCAGGUUCUUCAAGUAACAAUGUAACGCCAACAACAAGUAAUCAAGUUACUAUGUUGAAGGAUGAACAAACUAAACCAACUAGUGAAGACAGGAUGAUUCUGUAUUUGAAAAUUGUUAAGCGUUAUUCUCCAUAUUGUCGUGACUCGAGACAGUUGGCUAGAUUAACUACUGGUACAGCUGUGAAAUAUUCCGUUUUACAAGAAGUCUUAAACAAAUUCCAAAAUUUAAAAGUUGAUGAUAUUCCAAUUCCAGACUUGAAAAAUUUGAAACCAACAUGUGUUUGA